AUGGCAACGCAGAAGAGCAACGACCAGAUUCCGGCGAAACUGCCGAUCUUCGACGGUAACAACUAUGAGAGGUGGACGACGCAAAUGAAGGUGGUGUUCAGGUAUCAAGGUGUUCUUGAUAUCAUUAGCACCGGUGUCACACCGUUGGCGGAGAAUCCCACAGAAGCAUUAAGAGCAAUGCAUCGCGAACAAUUGAAGAAGGAUGACAAGGGAAUUUUCUUCAUUCAUCAAUGUGUGGAUGCAAACGUUCUUGAGAAGAUCAUAGAGUAUGAGACUGCUAAAGAAGCGUGGGAUGUGCUAGCCACCACAUACGUCAGAGACAAGCAAACGGAGAAGGUGAAAUUGAUGGCGAUGAGGCGUCAAUUGGGGCUAUUACAAAUGGAAUCCAAUGAAUCAGUGGCCAAUUUCGUAAACAGGUUAGUAGUUCUAACUAAUCAAAUGAGGAGUUGUGGUGAAACGGUAUCUGAAACCAUGAAAGUGGAAAAGGUUCUCACUGGAUUAACCCCAAAUUUUGAUGGAGUUGUUUCUGCAAUAGAGCAAGCUAAAGACCUAGUUACAUUAAAACUAGAACAUUUGCUAGGUGCUUUAGAAGCACAUGAAUUGAAAUUAAAGAACAGGGAUAAUAUCAAGAAAAAUGAUAAAGAGAAUGAGAAAGCCCUGUUUGCACAAUCUCAAAAGAAAGGAGGUGGAAGUGAAUCUUGGAAGAAUAAGAGAGGAAAAGGAAAGUGGAAGAACAAUAAGCAAGAAGGCUAUAAUCCUAAGGGUGAGAAUCAGAAGAAAGAAGGUGACAAUAAUGGAAAGGGAAAGAAGAAAUCUAAGGAAGAUAUUCACUAUCCCGUCAAGACCAUAACUGUUAGUCAAUCGGGCACAUCAAAUUUUCAAACAAUUCAAAGUGCAAUUGACUCUGUUCCUUCGGGAAAUUCUCAAUGGAUUCACGUCAGAAUUUCCUCCGGUGUUUACAGAGAGCAAAUCUUAAUUCCAAUGAACAAACCAUGCAUCUAUCUUGAAGGAGCGGGUAGAACCUCAACAAGUAUAGAAUGGAGUACACAUGAACAUGCUACUUUCCUUUCAAAAGCAGAUAAUACAGUUGCAAAGGGCAUUACUUUCACGAAUACAUACAACACCCCAGUGUUAUUAGACGUCAAAAACAUCACACAAGCCAAAGCUGUUCGAAUCCAUGCAGAUAAAUGUGCUUUCUUUGAUUGCGGUUUUCUAGGGGUGCAAGACACUUUAAAUGAUGAUUCUGGUCGUCAUUAUUACCAUAAUUGUUACAUCCAAGGUGGAGUCGAUUUCAUAUAUGGGAAUGGUCAAUCUAUCUUUGAGGCUAAAAAUUAA